AUGCCAUUGUUGCAGCCUUCCUCAUGCAGCGGUUUUGAACUUGAGCUGCCGAAAUUAACAUCAUCAUCGCUAAAUUUACUAGAUGAACCUUCAAAGAGAAAGGUGACACUUGAUUGUCGUAGUGGAGCGGCAGUUACGCUUGUGAGGUCAAAUAUAUUCGUACACGGUGGGUUAACGAUACCCUUAAAUCUCAGUCAUGUCAGUUGUAUAAACAUUCAAAAGGAGCUAAUAAUCUAUUUUUCAAAGGAGAAGAAUAACGCAAGCAAUUUCACAAAAUUAGACGAUUGGAUAAGCUCGGAAACAUUCUUCUUAGAUUUGAUAUCCAGAGUUUGGAGACGAGUAGAGGUGAAUUUUGAUGAUACUGGAGACCAUGCUGGUGAAACCAAUAAUGAGAACGAACAUACCGGUGGAGAUCAUAAAAUAAAUAGUAGCAUCACUGGAAAAGAGGAAGAUACUUUGAGCCCCACGUUCAAAGAACGGUUGUAUCAUUCUAUGUGCUUCGCUGAGUCAUCCCUUUACAUAUUUGGUGGUCUUGUUGUAUCACCACAGAGUGGUUAUGAAGUUAUUGCCACAAAUGAACUCUGGAAGUUAAAUUUACAAAAUAAAAAAUGGACUUUAGUCAGCAAGGAUCCUCAGAUUACAAGACGUUUUACACAUUCGAUGCAUACAAUAAACCAUGAUAACGAAGAAGACACUAAACUGAUUAUUGUUGGAGGUUUAAAUAAUAUUGACAUGCCGAUACAUCACAUUGAUAUCUUCAAUGUCACCAAAAAUUAUUGGGAAACUGAAUCAGACACAUCAAAAAUAAUUGUCAAUUGUGAAAGUGAGGAAAUAUCAUUAUGCAAAGAAUCUAAUUUUUCAAUUCUUUUCGAAAAUAACGAAGCCAAAAUACCCACAUUGGCUUUUUAUGUGCCAAAUCCCUCAAAAUCGCCCCAACCGAACACAGGGGAAGCUUCUAGUAGGGAACACACCUCGUAUGAUUGUUCUUCAUCAAUUGUUGCGUUACCUUUGAUGCAUGACGCCCAAGGUAUGAGAAUGAAUUCUAAAUCAGAUCAUUCAGACCAUCUAGAGGUACCUCAUAAUUUGCAAUUUCCAACUGGUGAUUAUUUUGGCUACACGAUUGUUAUUGCAGGUUUUUAUCCAAGUUGCGAGACAUCCAAUUUCAAGUGCUUUGUAUACGAUACAUCAUCUCAACAGUGGACAACUCUGGGUAUCACAUGUGAUGAUAGUGAUAUCAAUAAGCAUAGAUUUUGGAAGCUUCUGGCAUGGCAAUCCCAUCAUCAAACAUUGUUACUCGGAACUAAAAAUGAUGAUUAUAAUCUACCCAGUGUGCAAAGAUUCGAUUUCCUCUUGUCAUUUGGACUACCAAUGAUAAGCAUAUACAAUAGAACUUUAACCAAUGCAAAUAACCAAAAGAUAGAUCUCAAAACAUCGUCCAGUGACAAAAAAACACCGUCAAGAGAUUCGUCAAUAGCAGCCGAAACGCUUGAUCCCAAAGAAUCUGAAAAUCAACCCUUUAGGCAAGCAAGUUAUGCUUCCACAGCUACGUCACAGUUUGAAAGCUACAUAAGGUAUAUUGCGCCGCCCUCGGAUAUGACCUCUAUAAGAACGGUCUUCCCCCCGUACGCUAUGGUUUUAGGCAAAGAUACAUUAGAAAUUUUUGGAAGUACAUUAUCUGAUUUUGAAUUUAUAACAGAUGAGGGUGACUCAAUUGGAGUACCUAUAUACCUGCUUAGGAAACGCUGGGGUCGCUACUUCGAUAUGAUGUUAUCUCAAGGCUAUGCAAGAGCUUGUGCAGAAUAUGAGAAUACUGGCCAGGCUUCCGAAUUCAUAAGAUUCUCCCCGCAUUCAUCACAGAUAGUAAACCCUUCAAAAAACUCAGGAACUUUAUCAAGAGCAUCUUUCGAGACUUUUGCAAAUCGUGGAAAUCAACAACAACAAGAAGAUAUGGAAGGUCCACGUUCUUAUUCACUGAACUUGGACCCUCAUCAGGCUGAAAUCGUUUCCGGGGAGCAUGUGGGCUCAAAUUCUUCUUUCCAUGAAAAUGAUGAAGAGGAUCCCGUUUCGCCUCCUUCCCGUUCUCAGAUCGAGCAUAUUAAGCAGUUGAGAGCGGAGAGAAAUUUGCCCAAACAGGUAGCAAUCUCAACUACUAGCUCAUCUGGCGGAAUGAUAUUCAGAGUACCUUUUCAGGAAAAUGCUUCUGCAGCUAUGAGUGAUACAGUGUUAUCAAAGAAAGAGGAACAUGAAGACAAAAGACGAUCGUCAUCGGUUGCCACUGCUGCCUUGGACCACUUGAAGUUAAGUAGUCAUGCUGACAGGUGGCGUCGUGCUUCUCAUCCUAAUCCCUCCAUAUCGCGACCUGAUGAUGGCCGAAAUCAUUAUACCACAUCAAGACUUUUAUCUUCUAGUGUUCAAAACUCGCGGCGUACUUCUUCGAUAGCCUCGCACAGCAGCUCUAUCUCCUAUGUUAGCUCUUCUUCUGACAGAAUGGGGAACUCUAUGUAUCCCGGAAGCGGUAAUGGUAGUAGUGUAGGCUCCUCUUUCUUAGGAGUACUGAAUGUCGCGCUUCCCCCUCAGGAGCCAAUCCCAAGUGACACCUUACCACCACCACCUGCAAUCUCAUCUUCAGCUUCAAAACGCAAUUCUUUUGCUGAAUUUGUCUACUCACAUUCUUCGAAAAGUAGUCCGUUUUCUUCCAGACGUCCUUCUCACGAUAGAAGAUCAAGUUCUUCUGAUUUGAGACGUCCAUCAGACCAAUAUCCCCCAUCACUAGAUAGACAAAUGAUGGAUGGGAGUCAGGUCUUGGACUCCCCAUCGGAUGCAGUCUCCUUUCAGCAGAAGUCACUUUUAGGUAAGAUGUCACAGAAAUCAGCUGAUAGUUGGCCGAACCUCUCCGGAAAAUUACAUAAAAAUGCAGAUACUAAGAGACCGUCUUUGGAUUCAAAUACAGACAGUACAGAUAGUGCAAACUCUAUUGAAUGGGAACCAUUGUUGACGCCUAGAACUCUCUAUAUGCCUUGGCCUACUGCUACAGUUCGUGCAUUUGCUGAGUUUUUUUUCACGGGUCAAGUAAACGGUAGAUGGAUGCUUGCACCGGUAGUUUUGAACCUGCUGCUCAUGUCGAAAAUCUAUGAGAUUCCACUGCUGUAUAACCUUAUUAUUGAAGUUUUAUGUUCUAUCAUUGGAAGAAAAGAAGACAGCUUAUGUGUGAUUUGUGAUUCGCUUACCGAUGCACUUCGAAACAAGGUCUUGAGACUCUCUAAUGAUGACCAUGAGCUAAUGGAAAGUUAUUUGCAGAAAAACGAAACAUAUAACGAGUUAUUGAAACUCAGAAAGUCACUGGAGACUAUUGAUGACGGGUAUUUCGAUUUCGAUCUGAUUAAAAAAGUUUCUAGAGCAUUUUCCGCAAGCAGCAACAGUGAUAGUGCCCCUGACAAAUCAAGUAUUGCUGGUGGAACGCAGCGUACAUCGAGCAUCAUCCCAACCGUAUUCGCAGGAGGUCCAAGGGAUAGCCAUAACUCCGUUGGGUCAAUAGGAGGCUAUCCACCAAGUUUUAGACAACCACAUGCCACUCCGCAACGCGUGAACAAUAAAUCGAGUUUGAGUAAGGAGAUUAGCUCUGCCACGCCAGGAAAUAAAGCGGGCUUGAGUGACUUGGCUGGCCUUGAAGAACUUGAACCAGAUGAGAAGAUAACGGCUCAGGAUAAGGGCGACAAGCAGAUCGAAUCACGGUUUGAGGCAUCCGAUGAUGAGCAAAGUCACUACAGUACCAGCGACAGCAGUAGCGACGAGACUGAAGAAGAAUAUGAAGACGCUUUACAUGAAACCCCUUCUAGAAGUAGUGUAGAUCUGCGAGGUACAAUUAUUGAUGCAAGAGGGAACACUGGAAGUGAUCUUGCAGAUGGAGAGUAUCAUGAGGAAUUUGAGAAAAAUAUAGAUGAGCUGAAUAAUGAGUCACAAAAACCUAAAAGUGAAGUAGGCUCUGGCUCUUCUCUGUCAGAUUCUGAUGAGUUGAAUUCGGAUAUAGGUUUACUCUCCUUGAAUAAGAUGAGGAGAAAAAUUGCUGGUCAAGACGACCUUGACGAAUCCAUAGAUCCGUUGUUCAAAGUGGCAUUUGAUAGCAAUGCCACGGAAGCAAAAAAUGCCACCUCGAGGUCAAGCAGAGACGAUACAGCUCAUUAUGGAUCUACUGCGCCCACACUCGAAAAUCUAGCGUCUCCUAAUGCAUUACCGCCAGUAGAGUAUGUUAUCAAAUCUAUAUACAGAACUGCGGCCUUGAUUAACUAUCCAAGACUAAUGAUUCGUUGUUUGGAUUGCAUUGAAAUAUCGAAAAGAUUGAGAUCCCUGAAACUCAAAGCAAUCUUGGAACUCAACGAAAUUGAAGAAGAUCUGAAAAAGCCGGGGACCAUAUCGCAUGAACUUCUGAAGAGAAAAAUACUGGAAAAGCAAAAAUCGGACUCUGCCUUGAGUAAGAGCAUGUCUACGAGACCUAAUCCCGCAACGAAGGUAAGUGCGCCAGACAUGGAUACAGUGAGUAGAGACUCAUCUACCAGUUGUACACAGCAAACUAUUAUUGAUUAUUUGACUGACAAAGAUUCAGAUAUAAAGAAUGUAAAAAGUGCAAGUCUUGGUAUUAGCCAUAGUCCAGUCGGACCUCAUAAGAAGUCGAUCAAAAAUAAAUUCUUCGGGGAUUCACCAAUAAAUACGAUGAAUACACCUUUACUGAUGAAUCCGGCAUUUAUGCCACCACCUCCUUCCUCUGCUAGAGGCAAAAAGUCAAAUGCAAGUCCAAAUUCAGGCACAUUUUCAUUUUUUGGUAAAAAGAAAUGA